AUGGACUCCUCCCUGGUAUCCAACCCCAGAGUGCAGCUGGCCGCGACCGCCUUGGUGUCCGCGGCCGUCGCAGCCGGCACAAUCCUGAGCUACCAGCGCCUGCAACGAAAUGACCGCGUCUCUCGUCUAAAGGGAUCCAUCCCCCAGUACGACGAUGACGAGCCCGCGUUACAAUCGGUAACGCGCGUCGGGCCCCUGCCGCGACCCGAUACCGAAGACGAGCACAACCAGGCGCUCGCCCAGCGCGCGCAGAACGGCGACUGGGACGACGAGCUGAUCCUUGAGCAGCUCGCGCGCAACCGCGUGUUCCUGGGCGAGGACGGGCUGCGCAAGCUGCGCGACGCCUUCGUCGUGGUCGUGGGCUGCGGCGGCGUCGGGUCGCACGCGUGCGCCGCGCUGGCCCGCUCGGGCGUCGCGCGCCUCCGGCUCGUCGACUUCGACCAGGUCACGCUGAGCAGCCUGAACCGGCACGCGGUGGCGACGCUGGCGGAUGUGGGCCUGCCCAAGGUGCAGGUGCUGCAGCGGAGGCUGGUGGCGGUCGCGCCGUGGGUACGCUUCGAUCUGCGACUGCAGAAGUUCGAUGGCAGCGUCGCGGGGCAGCUGCUGCAGGAGUGGGUCGGCGUGGAUGGCGAGGAGGGGAAGGAGGGGGAAGGGAGGCGGCCGGAUUUCGUCAUCGACGCAAUCGAUAAUAUUGAGAGCAAGGUCGAACUGCUCAAAUAUUGCCACGACCACGGGCUGCCAGUGAUUUCAGCCAUGGGAGCCGGGACGAAGAGUGAUCCCACGAGGGUUAUGGUGGGGGAUAUCGGGGCCAGUUCUGAAGACGGGCUGUCAAGGGCGACGAGGAGGAGGUUGAAGCUGCUCGGCGUAAGCAGCGGCAUUCCGGUUGUGUACUCGACUGAGAAGAUGGGUGAGGGCAAGGCUGCGCUGCUGCCGUUGCCCGAGGAGGAGUUCCAGAAGGGAUCCGUUGGCGAUCUGGGCGUGCUACCGGAUUUUCGGGUGCGAAUCUUGCCAGUUCUGGGAACCAUGCCUGCUGUUUUCGGGUACACUGUGGCAAACCACGUCAUUCUCAAGAUCACAGGCUAUCCCAUGGACUACCAACCCGCCAAAGCUCGCGACAAGAUGUAUGAUGCCAUCUUGGCGUACGUCCAAGCCAGCGAGGAGAAAAUUGUCCGCAUGAUCGAAGGCACCCGGACGGACGUGUGCGUGGGCCUAAAGGUUCCGAUCACGCCGGGAGAUAUAGCCUUCCUGGUGGAAGAAGUAUUCAGGGGCAGGAGUGCCGUCACGGGCAUUCCGACAAAGCUCGUGCUGAUCCGGUGGAAGAAGCCCCGGGGGACCACCCUCGUCCGGAUCGGAGAGGAGAGCGCUGAGCAGAAGUCAUCCAACCUCAGGCUCCGCGAUCUGGUCUGCAUGACCAAGGAAGAAGCCACAAGACAUCAAAAGAAGAUUCUUCAGGGGGAUAAGAGUCUCAAGGACCUCUACAGCCGCGAGGUGAUCGAGCUUGUUGAGGCUCGACAGAAGGAGUCCGAGGCUUACGAGCGGUAUAGAUUAAUGGCGUGA